UUGGACUCCACCACAGCAGCCUCUGUGUGGGAUAGAUGCAGUGCUCUGUAGUAUAAAGCACUCUGUCAGUGAGCUGGACUCUCCAUCGUCUAACAUCUGCCUUCUUCAGCUGUAACCGUGUGUUUCUCUUGUAAACUUGGCUCUGAUCAUAUGUGCUGUAAUAUUCCAGCUUUGCUUCCCGAUCGUGCUGCACAGUCUGCACAUGCUGGCCGGCUCCCCCAAGCUGAGAGCAGUGGGACUGCGCCUCAUGACCGCUCUGUGGAAGAAACAGGACCGGGUCUACCCAGAGCUGCAGCGUCUAAUGAGCCAGCAGGACAGCAGGGCGGUGCUGGGGAGGGACGCCCAGUGGGAGCAGAUCCUGGCCAGGGCCGCCUGUGUCAGGGACAUCUGCAGAGAGAGGCCUUACCAGCAUGCAGGGGACAUGGUGGCUGCCAUUUCACUCACUUUAAAACAGUGCAACAGACCAGACCUGGCAUCCCCGGCUGCUCUCGUCCUGCAGGGACUACAGGAGCUGUGUCGAGCAGAGGUGGUGGAUAUUAUCUCAGCAUGGAGAACUGUUUGGCCUGAGCUCAGCUGUCACUCACAGCCAGGAGUGGUUCAAGCCAUCGCUGAGCUUUUGGCUCUGGUGCGUCAGCUCACAGUUAAAUCAGAGCAGUACGAGGUGCGUCGUAACGUUCAUGUUCCCCUGUGUUGAGGAGCUAACAGAGUGACACAGGAACUCCACCAGGUUAUGUUUUUCUCUGUGGUUCUGUCUGUAAACAGGACUCUCACCAGCUGUUUGUAUAUUCUAACCUUACUGUAGAGUCACAUCUCUACAUCACUGUGUCUGGUAGCUAAAGUUAGCACAUCAAUGUAAAGUUGGGUAGAAGCACAAAGUACAGACGUGUGAGGGUCCAGUCCUCAGAGUCCUGCUCUGGUCGGACUUCACAGGGUCAGUAACUAAUAAAUGGAU